UGCAACACGGUCAUCACCUCCACCAUCACACAGUCAGCGUAGCAUCCACCAGCAAGGUGUCACUUAGGCAGCUAACUAUCUGUUUUACUUUGCUGUUUAGCUUACCAUUUUUAUACACAUCAGUGUGUUGGAAACUCGAGGCGUGGGCAACAUGAAGGGAAUCAGGUUUUUGGUGUUUUUCUUGGCGCUGUCCGCGUCCUUGCUGUGCACAACCGAAGCGGGGCGGAGCAGGACGAGCACCCAGAACAGCUUCCGACGAGCGGCCAACGGGAUCUACCAGACCCUGAGUAAUGUUUUCGGGGAGGACAACAUCCGAGGGCUGUACAAAUUUUUUUCCAAAACAACGGAGAGGUUUGUGCAUGGCGUGGAUUCUUUUAUGGACACCAUCUGGAAGAUCUGGUCUGAUCUGCUGGAUGUGAUGGGCAUUGACUCCUCAAACCUCAGCCACUACUUCAGCCCCACGUCCCUCACCAACUCUCCGGCACGCGCCCUGCUCCUGGUCGCCGCCGUACUGUUGGCCUACUGGUUCCUCUCCAUGUUCCUGGGGGGUUUCUUUUACCUGCUGCACGCCGUCUUCGGCCGCUUCUUCUGGCUGGCCCGCGUCCUUCUCUUCGCCCUGUCCUGCCUCUACAUCCUGCAGAAGUUCGAGGGCGACCCCGAGCGCGCCGUGCUGCCGCUGUGCUUCAUCAUGGCCCUGUACUUCAUGACGGGGCCCGUGGGAGCGUACUGGCGUCGGGGAGGCAGCGCAGGUUCACUUGAAGAGAAAAUCGACCACCUGGACACUCAGAUCCGGCUGCUCAACAUCAGGCUGAGCCGCGUCAUCGACGGCCUGGAACGCAGCGGGGAGCAGUAGAGUGGCGUCCAGGAAGAAAGGGGAGGGAGGGGUAAUAAUAUAAAACCAGCUGCAGCUGAUGUCAGAAUGCUGUUUCCAACGCACAUCUGCAGCAACACAACCACUGGGUAUUUCCAACUCUACAGAACAGGAUUUUUAACUGCUUUAGUUGAUUUUAGUUACAGAAUACCGAAAACAAAAAUCCUCAAAAGGUGUGGACGGUUCUCUCGGAGCUUACACAAAUCAACAAAACUAUUCUUCUUUUGUUUUUUCUUCUCACGGCUUUGAAAGCUUUCUGUUACAUCAACAAAGUUGUCAGAGAGAUGUCCGGGGUUUUCUUAAUGCAGGCCUCAGCUUCUUUGAGAAACUCCAAAGUCAGGACUUGAAUUUUUGGUGUUCUGAUAAGAAUUUGUCAAAGCGUGUUUUUAAAGCAUAUUCUGUUUCUUACCCUUGUGAAUAACCUGGCGAUUCUGAUUGUUGCACUGGUUCGUCCAUACGUUUUGUUUUGGUUUGUUUUUUCCUCCAUUUUGAAACUAUUAAAGAUGAAAAAAGGGGGAUUGGGUUAAAGAUGCAGAGGACACAAACAUUGUAUUUCUCAUGUGUAAAAAAAUCCACAAGAUGUUAGAUAGUUGCUCAUUGUAAGAUUUAUUUAUUCCUUGCUCCAUCCAAAAUGUUAUGAUCAUGUAGAUCUAGCUUGUUUCUAGUAAUUCAUCCUUCAAUCGUGGCAAAUAGUUUGACAUCAGGACCUCUUUUUCAUUGUGAGUGUGUAUGUGUUUGAAUUUCUAAAAAAAGCACUGUAUGGAAAAAAAGUACCAUCAGCCUAGAAGGAAAUGUCGACAUGCAGCGAUAUCUCAGGGACUCAACCAACACAGAUCUGGAAUUGGGAAAGAGAUAUGAAGACGUUAACUCAGAUCAUGUUUCGCUCUCUUUGAGUCACUUCACAGCUCUUCAGAAACGGUCUGAAAUGUGUCUCAUUCAGUGUCGAUUAAGAGGUGCACAUCAUGUUGAUAUUGCAGAUUGAAUCCUGCAUUUCUUCACCUUUGAUACUUUUGAUUACUGCUAGGAUUUACAGAGAAGCUAGAGGCUUGAAUUGGCAUUGGAUAUAUUUCACAUACUGAUGUUUGCACACACAAGCAAAUUAUCCACCUCUCUUUAGUCUGAUCACUGUCUGCGUCUCAAUACUGGAUUUACUGGAUACAGUUGAAAAUCAACUGAGAAUCAUGCUUGUCGAGCCUCAUGAAAAUGAGAUCUUUAUCUUAUUUCAGCCUUUGGCCUUCAGAGACGGGUCGGUCUAAUUUGUUAAUAAAGUUGAUCUGAAGUGUGGCUGGAGCAUGUUGACCUCUUCAGUUUAGAUGGUGUGAAAUGAAAACCAGGUAUCGGCGUCGUUGGAUUUUCACUUCAUCAGAGUUUGACAUCAUGGCAUUGUUACAAAACCUGCUUAGUGUGCAUCACUGUAUCCACCAUACUGCAGCUUCUUGGUUUGAUGGGAGUUUUUGUUUCUGCCUCUUUUUUAAUGUUUGUCAUAAUGCAUCGUCUUAAAACACUGGGACCUUUCCUGCCAUGCUCCUGUUUUUGUCUCUCUUCGUAUUCUGUAUCACACAUUAUUAUUAUUAUUAUACAUGUUUUGAUACAGACGAACCUUAUGCUGUGCAGGUAUUUGAAGAGGGGGAGCAAAUGUUGCUUUCAGCGUCUGAUGAGAAAAUCAAGACGUGUUGAAUGUUGAAGGCUCUUUUUAGUUUUCGACACUACUGAGGCCAAAGAAACAAAACCAGUAUUUAUACGAUUAACACUCAAAGUGACAAGCUUCUCUGUGGGAGAUACAUUUUUUACCCCGUUUUUCACACUAUUAAGGGUGAAAUGUCCAGAAAAUGACAUUUGUAUCUGUUAUUGAUGUAUCUGGAUUCUCAGAUAUUCUCAUGAGUCGUUUUUAAUUGUGCUUUUCACAGUUAUCUUUAAAUGAAGGCUUGGUAACGACUAAAUACAACAGAGACAUUUCAAUACUUGAGUACUGGUUCAUCAUAGUGUCACUUGUUUUAGAAGAAACACACCUGGUUUAUUAGCCGCAGUUAUCCGGGUGUUUCCUGCAUGCUAUGUUUAAAUGUCUGUAACGUUAUGUUGAAUUGUAUACAUGUGUUUGACUGCAGAAACCAGCCAACAUGUGAUGUGUGAAGGAUUAUGUUCCAGUUGUGUUAUAAAUCAUCUCUAUUGCACUGAUGACUACAGAACACAUUUUUACACCUGUACGAGUGUUUGUUCACUUUACAAAGAGAGGAUGUCAAAGUGUUCAGAACUUUGAUACCACGGCAUGUAAAACAAUAUCAUCUCUGUUAUUUUACUCAUCGAUAUGAUCAAAAUGUACUGAAGGUUUAAGAAAAAAUUCCAGAUAUUCAGUGGAAUGUUUUAAGAUUUAUGUUUUUUUUUUUUAAAUGUCUUUAUUCUAGAGAUAGGACAGUGGACAGAGCGAGAAACCGGGAAGAUUCAAACCCGGGGCAGCCCGCUCUCGAGGACUAAGCCUCCGUACAUGGGGCAUGCGCACUAACCGCCUGACCACCAGCGCCCCAUCCAGUCUCAUUUUUAACCCGAGGAGAGAGAGCGAUGUCUAAAUUGCACAAAUACAUUGGCAACAUUUUGGAAAUCCAACGUUGUCGAUGUAUUUUUGCCAAUUAGACAGAGUGAAGGAGUUUACUGGCAAUUUAGAAAACAAGAAAAUACCAAAUGUUGAGUAUCUAGGACUUCUGUUUUUGUUGCCAUGGUAUCAAAAGAUGUCAUAUUUUUACUAGUAUCAAAGUUUUAAUUAUGGUAUCAUCGUAACCCUAUUGGAAGAUGAAACGACUAGAGAUGCACCGAUUUGGAAAAUCGGGGCAGAUACCGAUGUUUGAAAUAACAAUUUAGCCGAUCACCGAUGUUUGUUUCAUUACAUCUUUUAGGUUAAGACUCCCACAAUGCAACAUUUUCUCUCAUGUUUGACAAUGAAAAAGAGUCAGUUUGUUCAACAGUAAAAAAACCUCUUCUCUGAACCAGCAGUUAAGUGAACUAGAUGUCAGUAUUAAAUUGAUUUGGCACAACAAACAAACAAACAAACAUCGGCUACUGCGGCGGCUUAUGACACUUUUAUUUACCGAUGUCUGUCAUCAGCUGAUAGCGAUGUUGAUCCGAUGCAUCGGGGCGUCUCUAAACAGGACCAGACCCUCUGACUUUUGUCGAUUGAGUGAUUUCUGGCGCGUUUAAAAAACACAAUAAAAUGUGGGGUUUUUCAAACUUAAUUUUCCGAGGUAAAGCGGACUAAAAAGACGAUUUUGAUCCUGGUGUCUUGUCGUGUUGGGUUACGAUGUGUAACCAAUGACUUGUGUAUGUUUAAUGACAGCACAUGAUUUAUGAAGAUGUAGACUGUGUAGUAAAAAUCCUCUUUGUAAUUUAAGGAACAAGAAAUGAAACUUUUUCUCUUCAAACUGCACAAGUUCUCUCCUUCUUUUGUAAAUAUUAAAGAUGUCUAACUCUGCAAAAAGGUCCGUUAGUGAGAUAGACAGCAGCUUCAUCUCGUAGAGGAGACUUUGUAUACGACUGUCCAUCACCACUUAGAUGAUGAAAGAUGUAAAUAGAUGUUUCUGUUGGUUUCUUCUCUUGUCAUUCCAUAAAUCUCAUGUACUGUCUGCUACUUCUUCCUAAUAUUUCAUGUAGCCUGCUUAUUUUAUAACAUGCUGUGCCAAUUAUGUUUUAUCUUCUUUGUCUUGAGUAAAUGUUGAUUCUUUUCAAUCAGUUUACAUUUUUUUUUUACAUCUUUUUUUAAUCCAAAUCGUUCUGUGACGUGGUAAACACCAAACUGUUCUGCCUGCUGUCGUCUGACUGAGGAUGAGUUGUGUGUCUGAGGAGUUUAUCAUAACCUCUCAAUUUAUUUUUUUCUGUGGUCAAAGUGAAAAUGAGGUCCAGAUUUGAAUAAAUUAAACACCACAGUAUGAAAA